AUGUGGUUUGCUUUGGCUGAUAUCCGGGAAGGUCUUCGUAUUGCAAGAGAUAAUGGGUUUGGAAAUCUGGAAGCUGAAACAGACUCAUUGGCCAUUACUCAUGUGCUCCAGAAAGAUUUUGGGAAUUCUCUUGAGGCAGACACACUCAUCUCUGAUUGUAAGGCCUUGAUUCAGGCUUUCCACUCCUUCGAACUCAAGCACGUGCUUCGUGAAGGCAACCAAUGCGCCGAUUUUCUUGCCAACAUGGGUCAAAAUAGCCAGUGGGGUACUACAAUUCUUGCUCAACCUCCGGACGGUUUGAAUCCGCUUUUAGCUCACGACGCCAACAACGUCGCUUUUAGUAGAUUACUUUAA